UGUUUUUCUUUUUUUUUUUAGGAUAUUUACAACACUAAUUGGAACUAAAGCAGACAUUAAAAAAGUAAAACAAGUUUUAGCCACUGUUAGUCCUGCACAUUCAUCAUUUACAGAGUUCUGUCAAGGAAGAACAAUGAGAUGGGGACUUGCAUGGACUUUCGACCCAAAGUUGCAACUGAAUCAAAUAAUGAGUAAGAAACAAAUGGCAAAUACCAAGCCGAUGGUGAUGUUAAUGCCUCGCAGCUUAUUGACCGCGUAUUCUGUUCCAGCAGCGUGGCGAAUGGUUGCAAAAUGGUUGCAUUAUCUAAAGGUUAAGGUGCGUGUCUUCAAGAAUACAAAGUAUUUUGUUGGUGCUAUGUUUAAAGCUUAUAAACCAACUUGGUUACAUCAGAGAAGAAAGAAACGAGAGCUUGAUCGUAGAAAUAAAGGUGGUAUAGCCCCUAUAAACUACAUUAUGGGUGCCGCCACAGUUGGCACAUAUGUUUGUGGCAGUGGUAUCUAA